AUGAAACGGAGCUCGCAGUUUCGCGGAGUUAGCAGGCAUCGAUGGACGGGCCGCUAUGAAGCACAUCUAUGGGACAAGUCAUCUUGGAAUGCAACACAAAGGAAGAAAGGAAAACAAGUUUAUCUCGGUGCCUACAACGAAGAAGAAGCUGCAGCAAGAGCUUAUGAUCUCGCAGCAAUAAAAUACUGGGGAGUUACCACUUACACAAACUUUCCGGUCUCCGACUACGAGGAGGAAAUAAAAAUAAUGCAAACUGUAACGAAAGAAGAGUAUCUAGCCUCAUUAAGAAGGAAGAGUAAUGGUUUCUCCAGAGGUGUCUCGAAAUAUCGAGGAGUUGCGAGGCACCAUCACAAUGGAAGAUGGGAAGCAAGAAUUGGGAGAGUAUUUGGGAACAAGUACCUCUACCUCGGCACGUACAGCACUCAAGAAGAAGCUGCUCGAGCCUACGACAUUGCGGCGAUAGAGUACCGAGGGAUUAACGCGGUGACAAACUUCGACUUAAGCACAUAUAUCAAAUGGCUUAAACCAGGAGCAACCAACUACGGUUUCACAUCUCAAGACCAAAGCCUCAUCGACGAACCUCGACUUCUGCAACCCUCCUUUGUGACCGACGAGAUGACCUUAGAAUAUAACCAGCAGUUUGUGGCACAUCAGCCUUUAAGAAGUGCUUCUUGCAGUAGAUCUUCUUCAACAGCCCUAAAUUUGCUUUUGAGGUCCUCAAUGUUUAGAGAGCUAGUGGAGAAGAAUUUGAAUACAGUUAAUAGCGAAGGGAUUGAAGUUGCGGAGCGAAAGGAUGAGAGGGAGCAGUUGCGUGAUGAGUGCAAUGCAAUCUUCUAUAUUGAAGAUGGUGAUGAGCCACAGCAUUGCUAUUCUGACGGCGACAAUGGGCAAUAUUUCGAGCUGCAAGAGACUGCAGCUCGCAUUGAACAAUCCCUUUGGAGCUGUUUGUGA